AUGACUACGUACGCCAAUGAGUAUAGGCGAAGUGGGUUUAUUCAGCCUUAUGCACUCCUCGAGAUUGGCCGGUGGCUUACAUGUGGUGUUCAAUGUGACAUUCAGGGUGUUGGGGUGGAUCAGUGGCGGUCGCAUCGUGCCUUAAAAUUUCAGUCCACAUGCAAAAAAACCGCUUCGUUUUUGAGUACACCGGUCACCUUGAUGAUGAUAGUUGCUGGCGAGGAUUCGUUUGUCAAGCCGGCAUAUUCUCAAAAACUUCCUGCAGACAGUAACGUUUUCACCGCCAAGUUUUUACCGCAGACAAAUGGUGGGCAGGUUUUAGUUGGCUUCAAGUGCGGUUGUGUACUUCGUGUUUUCACUGACCGGCCUUCAGAGUCAAUGAUUGAGACGGUCUAUUGCCAUAGUUAUGCGGUUUAUGACUUCGAAGUGGCUCAGUGGUUAGAGCGUGGAUUUACUGACCGAAAUGUCUGUGGUUCCAACCUGACCUCUGCCUCUCAACUUCCCCUGUCUACGCUUGGGCAACCUGGCAGUAUCCCUGCCCUCGUGCUCCCUUCGGAUCACCCAACAUGCUUCAUAACUCUGUCACAUGAUCAGUCUGCUGUCAUCUUCGACACAAGACAACCGGUGUCUGUACCCACUCCCUGCAGUCAGCGGUGUUACUUCCGUGACUCAUCCGUCAGUCCACCAAAUCCAAAAGGUUGGCACGCCGGAUGUCUGCGUAUGAAAUUCGAAUUUCCCGUGACGGCCGGGGAUAUUCAUCCAUUGGAUGGAGCUCGCCGUAUUGCGCUGGCUUUUGCCGAUGGUUUCGUGCGUGUUUUCGAUCUCCGGAGGCUCACCCAAGGAAUUUCCUCCAUUGGCGAUUCUGUGCAACCACUGCCCUAUCAGAUUACACGACCUUUGGGUUUACCCGCACAGGUCGAAGAGAGACGUUGUAUCCGCCUGGAUUACGGUCCGGGUCAUAUCACCUCCGUCAAGUUUGAGCCACCUUUUCCUCGCAUCUACGACGGUUUGUUUCCUGCUAGUGGCGUUGGCAGCUCCGUAGGAUUUGGUGCCCGUCACCUAUUGGUCAGUCACAUGUACGCCCCAGUGUUUUUGUUCGAUUUAAACAAAACGGAAUCCGCUGAGGACGUUGAUCCAAAGACUUUGGACUGGCUCCCGCAUACUCAUGAAGACUCAGAAAGCCGUUCUCAAGAAUCCGUCAACGGUGAAGCUGCCUCCCAAGGUACUCGAACUAGUCGGAGCCGCGAUCCAGAAAUCCGAAUCGCACUUGCUUUCUUCCAUUGGCUUGAGCGCCGAAGAAGUCAGCGCCAAUCGCAAGUUAACGAAGAACACACAGCGGAUCCACAACGUGAGGAGGAAUCAUCGGAGGAUACCGAAGAACCGGAACCUGAUACUGGUUUGGCUCCAUCUGAUGAUGAUGAAGCUUCCAACACAGAAUCUCGUGUUUCGCCUUUCGAUAUUUUGACAAAGGAAUACGUCUACAAUGUGCUCCAAUCUGCGAAUCGUUGUCGUCAACUCAAAGCCUAUCGUGGUCAUCGUAGCUGUCGAACUGUGAUAAAGGAUGCCGUGUUUUGGGGACGGGACCACAUACUUUCUGGUUCGGAAUGUGGACACGUGAUUGCUUGGAAUAGACAUACUGGUAAACCGGUUCGUGUGAUUAAGGCAGACAAUGCGGUUGUUAAUCGUAUCGCUCCCCAUCCCACGCUUCCACUCUUCGCAUGCAGUGGAAUCGAUCAUGCAGUCAAACUCGUGGAACCCAAUCCCCAAAUUUACGACACUACAGAAGACCUGUAUGAAGAAUAUACAAGGAUUUCGAGACAACACGUAUCUGAAGCCACUACGUUGUGUGAAGAAAAUGCCAAAUACACGAUUGAUUCGCUGCAAUCUGGGUCGCUUCACCUUGAACGACUCGCACGCCUGCGCACCAGUCAAGCCCUUCGCCAGAUCCUUCAUCGUCUAAUGGGCCCAAAUCGACCAAGUACUUGAUAUUAUCAGCGUUUCGACGCAGUGCUUAGGCACUUGGCAAAAUGCAAUCCAAGGGGCAUGCUUGUUCUGAGUACUAGGAAUCACCUCAUCACUUGUAUUCCUAUUGAUCACAUGGCGCUUUCUGAAUCUACGUUGUGGUGGAUAUAGUCCAACAUCUUGCUUGUUCGCCAGAGAAACCUGACCCCAUUGUUCUGGAUCGCAGAAUCAUCAAAUCCACACCAGAAUUCGAAAGACCUUUACUGUCCCCAAUUUCAUCUUGUUCUCCGGACGUCAAUUUUUCAUCUUUCAUUGCCGACCGCCCUGCACAGAAUAGCUGUUUUUUCUGUCAGCAGGAAUAGGGGUUCGCCUGCAACAGCUUUCUUGUUUGACUUCAUUUUUCUAACCAGAUUUCUGGACGACUCAUUCAUUCAAUCGACCGUCUUUCCACGUAACCGUCGAAUCUGUACUCUUUCUUCACCAUGUCUUGCUCAUAGAGUCAUUUGUGAUGCAUUUCUGGUUAAUUCUGUUCGUUUCAAACGUCUGCG